AUGGCAUUUAGCCAAACGAUCGUGAAGCUUCUUUCCGUUGCCCUUGUUUCCUUCGCUCUUGCUCAUGCCUCUGCGGUCCCAAGAACCGAUGUUCUUGAUAAGCGUGGCGGGGCCAAGGUCCAAGCAGCGUAUUUCACGAACUGGGGAAUAUAUGGAGCAAACUUCCAGCCUACCGAUAUCAACGUCGAACCGUUGACGCAUAUUCUCUACUCGUUUGCCGAUGUCCAGCAGGACGGCACGAUUGUCUUGACUGACUCUUACGCAGACGAACAGAAACACUUUCCAGGUGACUCGUGGGAUGACACGGGAAACAACCUUUAUGGGUGCCUCAAGCAGCUUUACUUGCUAAAGCUUGCGAAUCGGAACUUGAAAGUACUUCUUUCUAUCGGCGGCUGGACGUACUCUCAAAAUGGUCAUUUCAACUUCGUGACGGAUGCGUCAAAGAGGACGACAUUCGUCAAUUCCGCUGUGCAACUUGUCAAGGAUUAUGGCUUUGACGGAAUUGACCUUGAUUACGAGUAUCCUGCAAAUUCAGACCAGGGACAAGGCUUCGCGGACUUGCUUACUUCAAUUCGCUCUGCCUUCGACGAUCUCGCUUCGUUAAACGGAGACAAUGCCCCAUACCAGCUGACUGCGGCUGUCCCAGCAGGCGCAGCGAACUACGGCUUCCUCAAUGUAGCUCAAAUGGACAAGGCUCUAUCACACUGGAACCUGAUGGCGUACGAUUACGCAGGAUCAUGGCUUAACUUUACCGAUAACCAAGCCAACGUGUACGGUGGCGCUCGCACAGGCGUCAGCACUGACAAAGCUAUCUCGUUUUACCUUUCGAAUGGCGCUACAGCGGGAAAGAUCAACAUGGGUAUUCCACUCUACGGUCGUGCAUUUGAGGAUACGGAUGGAAUUGGCCAAUCGUUCAACGGUAUUGGUCCUGGUACCACCGAGGCCGGUAUUUACUCGUACAAAGCUCUUCCGAUGACUGGUGCCCAGGUUUUCGAGAACAUGACGGAUGUAACAAGUUACUCGUACGAUUCGUCGAAGAAGGAACUCGUUUCCUAUGACACGCCCCAUAUCGCAUCCGUCAAGGCGCAGUAUGUAGUCUCUAAGGGUCUAGGAGGACAGAUGUUCUGGGAUCUCUCGACGGACAAGACUGGAACCCCAGAUUCACUUGUCAGCACCACAGCCAAUGUCUUCGGCGCGCUUGACCAGACGCAGAACCACAUUCAUUACCCAGACAGUAAAUGGGACAACAUUCGUAGCAACAUGGGCCAGAACUCUGGAUCCUCGACCAGUUCUUCCCCGUCCAGCACGAAGUCUUCAGCAUCAUCCAGCACGACGUCUUCGACACCAUCCGGCACCACAUCUUCUUCCUCUUCCACACCGACGUCUGGUGCUUGUUCCGGAGUUGCUGCAUGGAACUCAGCUACCGCAUACAAUGGAGGCGCCGAAGUCAGCUACAGCGGACACCUUUGGACUGCCAAGUGGUGGACGCAGAAUGACACUCCUGGGGGCGCUGCCGGUGUCUGGACAGACAACGGCGCGUGCUCAUAA